AUGAAAUCUGUUAUAUUGUUUUUGUGUAUAAUUUAUUAUUCAGUUGGGCAAGAAACACCAUGUUAUACGAUUGAUUAUUCUGACGUAUGUGUCAGAGAUGUUUCUUGUGAAGGUGCAGUUGUUAUAGGGCCUGGUUAUCCACCUGCUAUUUGUAAAGAUGGUUUUAAAGGUAACACUAAAAUCACAAGUGUCAAAUAUACACCAAAAGGAGAAAUGUUUAUAAAAGCCUCUGCGUUUGAAGGAGCGACAAAUCUCGAGUAUUUUGAGUCAGAAUCUCCAAUAGAGGUGAUGGAAGAAAAGGCGUUCAAGGGGUGUACUUCACUGAAGUCAAUCAAUGUUGGAACUGUAACUGAAAUCCAACCAAGUUGUUUUGAAGGAUGUUCAUCUUUGAUCACUGUUGACAAUUUUGACAAAAUAACAAUAUUCAACACUCUAUCUUUUUCAGGAACAGGACUCACCGAAAUCACCUUUGGAAAUAGUGUGAAAAAGAUUGUCAGUGAUGCAUUCAAAAAUACAAAACUAAAGGAUAUCAUAUUUGGAAAUACUGCAGUUACAAUGUUGGAAAGUGGAGCUUUUAAGGAUAUGACAACACUCAUCAGUGUUGAUCUUGGAGGUAAUACAGAAAUACCAGACAACUUGUUUAUGGGAUGCACUUCUCUUGGAAGUGUCAAAAACAUCGAUAAAGUGACUUCAUUUGGUGUUUCCUCAUUUGAACGAACUUCAUUGAAAGAAAUCGUUUUUGGAAACACUGUCACUAAAAUGGGGAAUGGUGCUUUCAAAGAGGUUGGGUCAUUGUCAAUAACAUUACCUUCAACACAAAUUGGCGACUUUGGACCAAAUGUGUUUGAGAAUUCAAGAAGUCUAAGUCAGGUGUAUUACAGUGGUAAUACGAUUGUUCCAGACUUUACUUUCAGAGGAUGUACAUCACUUGCUGUACUCAAAGGUUCUGAAAAUAUCAUCUCUUUUGGAGUUUCUUCAUUUGAAAACACCAAAUUAAACAACAUUGUGUUUGCUCCAAACAUCAAAAAACUUGGAGAUAAUGCAUUCAAAGCUACAAGUUUUACAACAAUAACACUUCCUGACACAAACAUCGAACAAUUUGGUGUUGGUGUUUUUGAAAACAUAAAAACACUGAAGUCAGUUACUGUUGGAGGUACAACUACAAUUCCACAAAACACAUUUAAAGGCUGUGAAAAUAUGAAUACAGUGAGUGGCUCAGAAAAAAUCACAUCUUUUGGAGAAAAUUGUUUUGAUGAAACUUCAUUAACUAAAAUAACAUUUGGAGAUAAAGUUGACAAAAUCGGGUCUUCAGCAUUUGUGGGUACUUUAAUUGGCAGUGUAAGACUACCAAAGAGACCAGUUGAUGAUUUUGGAGAAGGUGUCUUUUUGAAUUGCCUCAAUUUAGAUCAUGUUUAUCUUGGGGGUACAAAGAAGAUCCCACCUCACACGUUUGAGAGGUGCAGUACAAUGUCUCAAUUGAGAGAAACUGAAAUGAUUGAAUUUAUUGGAAAAGACGCUUUUAAGGGAUGUACCAACCUCGUUUCUAUCAACUUGUUUGGAAAUUUGGAAACUUUGUUGGAUUCGUUUGAAUCAAUAAAUAACGUGUUUUAUCACGGAACAGCACCACCAAAAACACUGCCAACCGAGCCACCUUUGAAAACAAGUUUGAGGGUUUUUGUUACCAAUUUUUACAAACCCGAGAAAUUUGGAGAAAUUGAAGUAAAACGUUUGAAUUGUUCAAUCACACAAUUUGUGGAUGUAUCUCAACAAAAUGUGACUUGCCAAAACUGUGCAGCUAAAAUGGCGACGUUGGAUGGCGACAAUUACAUGUGCGAUAUCGACAUGACUGCAUGUAUCAAUGCACAUGCAAAGUGCCAAAUUUGUCUUGAAGAUAAAUGUCGAAAAUGCGAUGAAAAGUUGUUUGUUGAUACCACCAAAGAUGUCUGUGUUGCAGAGUGUCCAAGUGGGUAUUAUGAUGGUGCCAUUCAAUGCGAGAAGUGUAAAGAUCACUAUGAAAAGCCCUGUAAGGAUGCAGAAUGUGAAAAAUGUACUGGUGGUGUUAUUGGCACAAUGAUAGUCGGACUUGUGAUCACUCUUCUUUUCCUCUUUUAA